UAAACGGUCCCACAAAAUCUAAACCCGCACACAGACACACCCACGCUCCCUCUUUGCGCAUAAAGCCAUACAUAUUUCACGCAAUACAAGAUUUCCGUUCUUUCUAAUUUUCUUGGAUUCCCCGUUCCCAAGCGCUUCCUGCCUCCAAAAUUUUCUGGCCAUCCAAACACAAUCUCCAAUGAUUCUUCCUCCUUUAACCGUCAUGAAAAUCCUAACCGUCACCAGAUACUGACCCAAAUAAUAACAUAACAUCUCCUCAAAGGUUUCGUGUCUUGUCUUGCUUUCAAACAUGGAAGUUUCUUUGAAGAGUAGGUCCAUCAAGAGCAGAAGCAGAAGCGUAAGAGGCUGUAUGUUCCAUUGUUUCAGGCCGGAUAGCUUCCUCGACGACGACGUUUCUUUCGAUUAUGCAACGCCGAGUCAAAAAGCCGAAAAUGGAGAUCCACUUCUCGGUUACAUUGCCGUGGCAGAGAAGCAAGGCGUCGUGUUGCCCAAGUUAUUAUCGUCGGCCUGGAACUCGGUGAAACAUGUUGGUAGCGGUGACGGCGGUGGCGGUGAUGAAGUAAGUGGAUUUCGUGCCAGAAUGAAAGGCAGGAAUGGUUCUUUUCGGCAUGUAUUCAUGGCGGCUUUAAAUGAGACAGCAUUGGGAAGGAAGAUUAAAAGAAGGCGAAGAAGAAAGAAGGAAAGGUUAUUAGCCAAAUCUUCAACCAUAAGCAACCCAGAACAACAGUACUAUAGUGAUAAAAUCUCGGAACAAGAACGCAGAAUGAGGGUCCAAACCUACUCAUGUACUUCCAAUUCUUCUCGUAAUUCAUCUUUAUUCACUCCAACAUCUAUAUCAUCAACAAGUAAAAACUCAACCAGUUCAUGGGGCACUCAAGCUUCGACCUCCUCCUCAGAACAAAAUGGCACACUGAUAAGAUCAUCGUUGCCAUUGAAUGGAACUUGGGAACUAGCAACAGCGAAACGAAAGCAGGAGGAAAUAGUUGUUAUUGGAAAUAGUAGUAGGAAGAAAGGGUUUAGUGGCGGUUUCAACAAUAUGAACAUGUGGUUGUUUAUGACUUGUAGCCUUACGGUGUUGAUUCUGUGUGGUAAGUUUUGUGCUAUACUGUGUACCUCAAUUGGGUUGUUUGUGGUGUCGCCACAUCGGAAAAGAAGGAAAUGCAAUGGGGGUUGUCUCUGUGAAGAGACUGAUCUUGAUUCUGCUGAGCAUAAGAAGAAGAUUAUUAUGGAAGGUAUGCUUGAUAGGAGAAGUAGCAAUAGCCGCUCCUAAGAGCAAUGUAUGCUUUUGCAAAC